UGGGUUGUGCUUCGGCUGGAUACAAGAUGGCUGACACUUGUUAGCCACCAGUGUAUUUUUGUUCGAUUCAAUGUGCAUUUAAAGUUUUUAAAAGGAAAAAAAAAAGAAAAAAUAAAUAUAUAUAGAAAGAGAGAGAGAGAGAGAGAGAGAGAGAGAGAGAGAGAGAAAGAGAAAGAAAGAGAGAGAAAGAAAGAGAGAAAGAGAGAUAGAGAGAAAAGAAGGAAUAACAUCGAAUAAUAAAGUGGCAAGGUGAAGUGUUGAUUAUCGUGGACUACUCUAAGCCGAGUUACGAUCGAAGAUUCUACAAGAGACGACAAGAAGAGAGUUUCUUCCUCGUUGGUAUAUAUCUUCGACUCCCGAGGGUCCGCCUUUCUGCGUUGGGUGCCAGCAAACAAAAACGGAUUAUGUCAUAGAGUCGUUCGACGGCAGGGGCAGGGGUUGGGGCAGAGGUGAGGCCGGGCCAGGCGGAGAUCGAAUAAGGGAUGAAUGGAACGGCGGCGUUGCGGCGCAGCCUCGGGGGUGGCGGAGGCGCCGCCGGGGGUGGAGCCUCUGAGCCAGCACCCGUCACCACCCUCUACGUGUGCAAAGAUGAAGCUGGAUUCGGGAUGAAAGUUUCUGGUGAUAAUCCUGUCUAUGUUCAAUCCGUUAAAGAAGGUGGAGCAGCAGCUAGGGCCGGCCUUCACGCAGGCGACAAAAUAAUCAAGGUCAAUGGGGUGAACGUAAUGCAGUCCACGCACACGGACGUGGUGAAGCUGAUAAAGUCCUCAACGCAGGUGGCAUUGACGGUGCAGCAGAAGCCACUCGGUGCUGGAAGUUCGACAGCAAUGGGAACGGGCUUACAGAUUGGUUAUUCGACCGGUCAACAACAUCAAAGGUCAUCAGUUUUGCCGUCUGGUACGACGAUGGUAUCAUCACCCUCGCAAGCUGCGACCUCCCUUCAUAGGGCGUCGACCAUACCAAUGGGGGGUGGUAGUAGCGGUGGUGCACCCUGCAACGCCCUUAUCACCGGACCGCAACCGGUCGAUCUAGAGAAAAAGCGACAGUUGGAGACCCAACGCGUUCACACAUUCCAGCUCAUGUUGGAGAAGGAACGAAGUUACGUCGACAAACUUCGUAGCGAGUUAGCCAAAGCUGGAGCCUGUGGCUAUAAUGUCAACAAUGUAGCAACGUUACAAUCUGAUUUAGCGGGAGCCGAAAGAAGAGUUCGUACCCUGCAGGAUCGACUUGCCGCAAUUACCAAUAACGAGCAGCUUUGCUCAUUGGUAACAAACACCGCGUGUACCCCGGACUAUUUUCCACUUUCGAGCAGUAGUGGCGGUGGUGGUGAUGUUCCACCACCUCUACCUUCUCGUAAAUCCUUAUCCAUGCAAAGUCUUUCUCCGCCACCUUUGCCUCCCAGACCUUCACCCGCAAUAAAUACACAAAAUACAGUCCAAAUGGAGGUGGAACGACAUCUGCUGACUCAUUUAACGCCCUCAACCACCAGUCAUGGCAUACCUAACUCUUUUUCGCAGGGUGCAAAUUUAGGUUCGUCAAAUUCGUUAAAUAAACAUCAAAGGACAAAGUCAAGUCCAGAACAAUUGGGAGCCUCGAUGAUCUCUCCUGCUGAGGCAAGCAGACGUUUAAUAGCAUCUGAAUCUGCUUGCGAUCUUUCACCCACGAGACAUGCGAGGCAUAAUGACGUUGAAGUUGAAGAUUUACCUCAUAUUACACCUCCGGGAACUCCACCUCCACCAUAUCCAACACCUAGUCCAGGAAAUGAUACCUCUUCUUCUUUAAACGAUAGUACAUACGAUAGUUACGUGAUUGUUUCUCCACUACGACAGACACUCCUCCUCAACGAAAGCAUUCCUGGCUUACCAAUGUUACAACAACCAAUCAUGUCAAUGGAAGACGAUGAUAUGAGCGAUCAGGAAGUUGGUCAAUUGGAGGACCAUGGACCAUUCAAAUCAUUGUCAAGGUUGUGGGAACAUCAUGCGCAUCUUGCUGUAUUUAUUAAUUACGUUUUAUCAAACAGUGAUCCUUCCAGUCUGUUGUUUUACUUAGUAACGGAUUUAUAUAAGGAAGGAAACGCCAAAGAAAUGAGAAAGUGGGCGUACGAAAUUCAUUCUAGUUUUUUAGUACCUGGUGCACCUCUCCAUCUACAUAACGUAGAUGAAAACGUUGCACAUGAGAUAGAUGAUGUUCUUCUAAAAGAAUCCGAUAAAGAAGAAAUUUUACGUAAAAUAUUUUGGAAAGCACGUAAUCGUGCGAAAGAGGAGCUGAACGAACAACUUGCAGAUUUUCAACAGAAAAGGACUGCAGGUUUGGGUACAUUGUUUGGCCCUAGUGACGCUCAGUUGGAUGAAAGUGUAUCUGACAAAGCAAAAGAAACGAAGAUCAUAGAAACAUAUCUUUUGCCUAAAAUGGAACCUUAUCUCGAAGACAUAGAAAAGGAAAAUGUAGAUCUUCGACAGUUCACAACAGCAGCUGGUUUGGCAACGAUAUUGACAAAAAUUUUUCAAGUACGACCAGUAUCUCUUGACCGAGUACCUACUUUUGUAGCUAAAGAUAAAUCAAACAUUAAAGCUAGAUUACUUACGGGAAAGACUAGAAAAAUGACGAUUAGAGGACAUCGCUUUGUAGCACAUCAGUAUUUUACGAUAACUUAUUGCAAUCAUUGCCAAUUAAUUAUUGGCGGUAUAGGCCCUCAAGGAUAUCUCUGUAGUGAUUGUUCUCUAAGCGUCCAUCGACAAUGUGUUCGUGUAGUAGAAGAAAACUGUCUCGGUCCAUUAGUCAGGAAAGAGAGAGCCAAUGAUCGGAUAAGUAAAUUAAUGGAACGCAUUCGGCCUGAAAGGAAACCACCAUCGUCUCAUCAUCAUCAUCAUUCUCAGAAUCAUAUGUUACACAUCGAAAGAAUCAAAAGAAGCGAAGAAGAUGCGGGUGCAUUAACGGAUGGUGAAAAUGGAGAACAUCGUGGAGGCGGUACAACCGGAAACGCCGAUAGCAUGGACGAUCCUUCCUCUAGAGAAGAAAUGUCCGAAAUGGUGCAGCAAAAUAUUUCCAGUAAGCCAAAGACAUCAAACAUAAACAGGUCUGAGAGUUACAAGGAACGGAUACAUCAUAAGCGACAGUUGCGAGAAAAACGAAAAACCAGUGAUCCGAAUCUCUCCAAAACAAAUGACUCCGAUCCUUCCGGAACAUUUCCUGGAAAUUCGGCCGGUAGCUCGUCUAAUAGCAGUUUAUCGACGAGAAGUUUGGACAGUCCAAGUACGAGCUUGGAACAAGUGCAUCCAGCGACCUCGUCGGCCAAUGCAUCGACCUCGUGGGACAGUGACGUCGAUGUCGAGCCAGAUCCAUCCGAUUGGAGUCAAGGUGUCACCGAAGAAGUACUAGCGCGUCUUAGUAAUUCCGAGAAAAAGAGGCAAGAAGUUAUCAAUGAACUGUUUCAUACGGAACGAUCUCACGUACGUGCUUUGAAGGUACUGUCCCAUGUCUUCCACAAACCAUUACUAGAAUCGCAAGUACUGCCAUUGGAUCAGAUCCAAUUGCUCUUCUCGAAUCUGGACGAAAUGGUAGCGAUACAUUCGCGUUUCAACCAGGCAAUGAAAAGGAAGAAGAAGGAAAAUCCUUGCGUGGGCGAUAUCGGUGAACUUUUGUUGGAGAUGUUCGAUGGUGAAGCCGGUGAAACGUUUGAACGUGCCGCCUCGACUUAUUGUGCGAAACAGCAAGUUGCUUUGGACGCAUUGAGAGAUCGUCGUAGGAAAGAUCUCAAAUUAAAUUCGUUCCUGAACGAAAUCGAAGCCAAUCCUCUUUGUAGGAGAUUACAAUUGAAGGACCACAUACUUACCGGUAUGUUGAGACUGACCAAGUAUCCUUUGCUCUUCGAGAAUCUUGCAAAAUAUACGCCGGAAAAGAAUGAGAAGGAAAAGGCAUCGGUGUUUCGUAGUCUCGAACGUAGCAAAGAGAUCCUAAGUCGUGUAAAUCAGGCCGUAAAGGAAGCAGAAGAUUACCAACGUCUCGUAGAAAUUCAACGUACCAUCGACAGAUCGGCCUUCGAUAAAUUCGAUCAUCCUACGGUUCAAGAGUUCAAAAAUCUCGACAUAACUAAACGCAAACUUAUUUACGAGGGUCCAUUGCAAUGGCGUAGAACAGAACAGAAUAGAGCGAAACCGGUAGAUUUGCAUGUCGUUUUAUUCGACGACACAAUAUUCCUUUUACAUCGGCAGGACGAAAAAUAUCUAUUAAAGUUUAUUAAUACGAGCCAAGCGAGUUCCGUAUUGAGUCCCAUUGUAAAAGUUUCGACGGUAUUGGUUAGGCACAAUGCCGUGGACAAGAACUCUUUAUAUUUGGUUAAUACAUCGCAAAACGGAGCGCAGAUCUAUGAUUUGGUAGCUGCAUCUCCGGCCGAAAGGAAAUUGUGGUGCAAACAUAUUUCUGAAGCUGCCGAGGCUUAUAAAGCACGUGAUAGACAGGACAGAAGACCAACGCCACCUACAACACUGCCAGAAGAGACCACAGUAUCGUCUAAUGUCGUAGAGGAUACAACGCCGCCUUCUUCUGUCGUAGCUAGUCAUGCCGUCAUAGAGGAUAAAACUGAUCAUAAGGUGGAACAAGAACAACAUGAGCCAGAGCAUGAACACGAACCAAUAAUUGAAUACGAACAUGAAGCAGAACUGGAAACAGAAUCGAAUCAGAAAGACGAAAGAGAAGGGGAACAUGAGGAGAUUGAACAUGAACGAUUAGAUAAACGUGACAUUGAACCAGAACCUGAACAUGAGUUUGAGCCAGAAACGGAUGAACAACAGCAGCAUGUGCCUGAAUCUGAAGCUGAUGAACAUGAAAACGAAAUGGAAAAAGUCAUACGUGAACAACAACAUGGUCACGAGCGGGAAAACGAAAAGCAAGAAUUGGAAGGCGAACAAGGAGAUGAACAACACGAACAACAACAAGAACUAUUGUAUUUGGGAGAUGGUGAUAUAGGAGAACAUCGCGGAGGCGGUACAACCGGAAACGCCGAUAGCACGGACGAUCCUUCCUCUAGAGAAGAAAUGUCCGAAAUGAUGCAGCAAAAUAUUUCCAGUAAGCCAAAGACGUCGAACAUAAACAGAUCUGAGAGUUACAAGGAACGGAUACAUCAUAAGCGACAAUUACGAGAAAAACGAAAGACCAGUGAUCCGAAUCUCUCCAAAACAAAUGACUGCGAUCCUUCCGGUACAUUUCCUGGAAAUUCGGCUGGUAGCUCGUCUAAUAGCAGUUUAUCGACGAGAAGUUUGGACAGUCCAAGUACGAGCUUGGAACAAGUGCAUCCAGCGACCUCGUCGGCCAAUGCAUCGACCUCGUGGGACAGUGACGUCGAUGUCGAGCCAGAUCCAUCCGAUUGGAGUCAAGGUGUCACCGAAGAAGUACUAGCGCGUCUUAGUAAUUCCGAGAAAAAGAGGCAAGAAGUUAUCAAUGAACUGUUUCAUACGGAACGAUCUCACGUACGUGCUUUGAAGGUACUAUCCCAUGUCUUCCACAAACCAUUACUAGAAUCGCAAGUACUGCCAUUGGAUCAGAUCCAAUUGCUCUUCUCGAAUCUGGACGAAAUGGUAGCGAUACAUUCGCGUUUCAAUCAGGCAAUGAAAAGGAAAAAGAAGGAAAAUCCUUGCGUGGGCGAUGUCGGUGAUCUUUUAUUGGAAAUGUUCGACGGAGAAGCCGGUGAGACGUUCGAACGUGCCGCCUCGACUUAUUGUGCGAAACAGCAGGUUGCUUUGGACGCGUUGAGAGAUCGACGUAGGAAAGAUCUUAAAUUAAAUUCGUUUCUGAACGAAAUCGAAGCCAAUCCUCUUUGUAGGAGAUUACAACUGAAGGACCACAUACUGACAGGUAUGUUGAGACUGACCAAGUAUCCUUUGCUCUUCGAGAAUCUUGCAAAAUAUACGCCGGAAAAGAAUGAGAAGGAAAAGGCAUCGGUGUUUCGUAGUCUCGAACGUAGCAAAGAGAUCUUAAGUCGUGUAAAUCAGGCCGUAAAGGAAGCAGAAGAUUACCAACGUCUCGUAGAAAUUCAACGUACCAUCGACAGAUCGGCCUUCGAUAAAUUCGAUCAUCCAACCGUUCAAGAGUUCAAGAAUCUCGAUAUAACUAAACGCAAACUUAUUUACGAGGGUCCAUUGCAAUGGCGUAGAACCGAACAGAAUAGAGCGAAACCGGUCGAUUUGCAUGUCGUUUUACUCGACGACACGAUAUUUUUCUUGCACCGUCAAGAUGAAAAGUACCUGUUAAAGUUUAUUAAUACCAGUCAAGCGAAUUCCGUGUUAAGCCCUAUCGUUAAAGUAUCAACGGUACUUGUCAGGCACAAUGCCGUGGACAAGAAUUCAUUGUAUUUGGUCAAUACCUCGCAAAAUGGAGCACAAAUUUAUGACCUGGUGGCUGCCUCUCCGGCCGAACGCAAAUUAUGGUGUAAACACAUUUCAGAAACGGCCGAAGCUUAUAAGACUCGUGAUAGACAAGGUAGAAGACCUACUCCACCUACUACACUGCCAGAAGAGUCUGUAUCCGGAAUGGAGGAUACGUCUUUGGCUCUGCCUAGUCAUGUCGUCGAAGGGAAAACAGAUCAUGCCGCGGAACAAGAACACGAGCCAGAACACGAACAUGAACGUGAACCAGAAUUAGAGUCUGAAUUGGAACGAGAACAUGAACAAAAAUUAGAAUCGGAACAAGAACAUGAAAAAGAGCAAAAGGAUAGGCCUGAUAAUUUAGGAAAUAUUGAAAAAGAGGAAGACGGUGGUGUACCGGAUACUGCAAAAGUUGAACCUUCGACGAGCGAAUCAUCAUCACAACAACAUCAACCACAAAAGUCCGAGUCACCAACACCAAGAGGUAUCGGGGAACCAUUGCGUAUGGUCAUCACAGAAAUCUCCCUUAUUGAUCCUCUUGAAGUACACGUGGAGGUACCAUCUGUGCAUGUUGCAGAACCAGUUCUUACAACGAUAGAAUGUCCAAGACGUGUAGGAAAUUUACGUAGAUAAGAAUUAAAAGCGGAAGAAUUGGCAAGAGGAUCUGGGUAAGCUUAAUGGUGGUUUAAAGCAGCAAUCGCCCGACAAGCGAAAAGUCUUCUCCUCGGGUUCGUAAUCCCGGUCCAGCCACCCAAACCAUUUUUUCCGCCUGAAGUCUUCUUCACAAGUGAGAUAUUCACCCGCACCAAUAACAACAAUACACUGUCGUGUGUGCGAAUUUCGUGGAGAAUUGUGUUCCCUACUAAUUAUGACACUUGAACAUGGCAGCUGACAAAAGUUGCAGUUUUUAAUAUGUGUGUGUUCCUCCUUGGGCCCGUAGCAUCGCUAUAAAGAAAAAAAAAAAAAAAAAAAGAAAAAAAAAGGAAGAAGAAAAAGAAAACAAAAAUAAAAUGGAAUGAAAUGAAAUGAAAUGAAAUUUAUGAGGGUCACAACACAGUCAAGCUGGGCCGGAGAACGUAAAAAAGAGAAUUUUAUAGGGAUAAAGAAUAAUUAGAAGCGGGAAAAAUUGGCAAGAGAAUAUUGGAUAAUUUUAUUAAUAAUGGUCAGAAGAAAGAAGUCAGUCCAGCAAAACCAAAAAAAAAAAAAAGAAAAAAAAAAGAAAAGAAUAAGAAAAGAAAUCCGGGAUCAUCAAUUUUCGAUUCUGACAACCCAAAAUCCAUUUUUCUAUCAACUUUGUAAAACAUUGACAUGUCUUUGAAAAGUAAUGAAUGAUACUUUACCAAAAGUUGAGAUGUGUUUUUGAGAAAAACAAACGAAAAUUUGCAGAAUUGUAACUGAUAUUUACCAAUUGUUAAGAAUGGAAAAUAUGAAAGAGAGAAAAUAUUUAUGCUCUUACAAACGUUACGAUCAUUGCUUCGCAAAAAGCGAAUAUAAUAAUAACCCUUUCUGUAUCGUUUACAUUUUUAACGAUUCGUUUACUAUAAUAAUAGUAAUAGAUGUUUAUUCGUUUUGGACUUCAUAGUUUUGAAGAGUGAAUCUAUUUUUUACAGAUUAAAAUUCUCUAUUUAUUUUUAUUUGCUUAUCAAAGUGUUCUGAUCGUUUUUCAAUCGUUUUUUUUUUUUUUCAAUUAUUGCUGUGUUCACAGUUUUACCUUUCCUUUAUAUAAAUAUAUGUUUGCGUAUAUAUAUAUGUAUAUAUAUAUAUAUAUAUAUAUAUAUAUACACAUAUACAUAUAUGUAUAUAUAUUAUUGUAAAUUAUCUGCAUUCAUUCUGUUUCAAUAGUCUCUCACUGAUUGUAUUUUUUUUUUUUUUUGUAUAUAUAUUUGUCUCUCUACAUUUAUUUUAUAAUUUUAGUUGAGUUUGCUUUCUUACAAUUUUCCAAAAUUCGACGAUUUUGUAUUUGCUGAAUAUUCAACGCCAUUUUUAUUAUGGGGAAGAGAGAGGGAAAAAAGAAACAUUUCUGCUAUACUAACGAUUAUUUCUUGGCAAACAUUAUAAUUGUAGUAACCACACUCAUAAAGAAGAGGAAAAUGAAAAACACGUAAAUAAAAAAUACAGAGAAGAAAAUAUGCUUAUAUAUAAUAGAUCUAUAUAUAAAUAUAUAUAUAUUUCGACAUGUACAUUCAAACGCAUGUAUAUAUACUUAUAUAAAUUUAUCCUUUGAAACAUAUAAGAGGCGAUCGAUCGCCACAUGACAAUGGUCAUCAUUUGUUUAUUAUAGUAACUAUACGUUACACACAGCGCUUAAAUCAAUGCGCAUAAUCGUAAGAAGAGAUAUGGCGUUUUUUUUUUUUUUUUUUUUCCCCUAUAAACAAUUGAAUUUUUGAAAAUAUUUAUAUUUACUACGUAUAUAAGGGAAAUUAUAAGAACACGAAAAAGAAAAGAGAAGAGACACAAGAUGAGUGACAAAAGUUUGCAGAAGAGAAAUCACAUACACACAACAUAACACACACACACAUACAGAGAGAGAGAGAGAGAGAGAGAGAGAGCGAGAGCGAGAGAGAGAGAGAGAGAGAGAGAGAGUGAAUGAAAUAAAGAGAAAACAAAAACAAACGCCUUCAUUAACCCUGACAUUCGUCGCUGCAGAUUUUCUGAAGCAUCUGUUGUGUCUUAAACUCUAAUGGAAUAACCGUGAGUGACUCGGUGACACUAGGAUGCGACUGCUGUACGCCAAAUCAGUGUUUUCCGGCUAACGUAGAGUGUAAAUCGAUUAGAAGAUACGACACACAACUGGAGUAUUGAUUAAAUUAUGUU